GAAAACAGGAGGGUUGCUCCAUCACAAGUGAGCCACUAGACCCCUUUCUACAGCCCUUGGAAGACUGCUCAAAGUACAAAUGAAUUUUCUUCUCUUACCCUGCAGUGUCAACUAAACUCCAAAACAUUGCUGGAUAACCAGGCAACAGGAGUGCCAUUCAAAGGGUGAUGUCCCUGAGGUGCUGCAGAGACCCCCAGUCCCACCUUGCAGCUGACUGCAUGCUGCCUGUGCACAAAAUGAGCAGCUUGAAACUUUCAGGUCUGUAUUUCCUCAUGGCACCAGUACCUAGGGAAGAUACAGUUUUCAGAAGGUGAGAGGAAUUAGCCUGACCAUCCUGGCCAUCUUUGUGUAGCACGGCAUCUGCUGGGAAUUAGGAGGCUUGAAACUUUAAAAUAAGCUGGGGAGGAAAACCCUUCCUGACACAAACUGUGCUGUGGCCAGAUGACUGAGUAUUCCGGUGGCAGUUUUCCAUAGAAAUAGAAAUUAUUUAAUUAUAAGAAGUCAGUUAAGUACUUUGGGUUUCUUCUUGGUUAAGAUUAUAGGAAGAGCACCAAAUCCUGCAUAGACCAAGCUUUUUAUUUGACAACACUAUAGCCUUAAUUUUAACAUAUAACAAAAGUAAAUAAAAACUUUCUCUUCUAAUUGGGAAUAAAAAAAGAAUGUAAAAAGUUACAUUAACAUCGUUAACAUUUGCAAUUAACAAUGCUUCACAACUGAAGUGAAAACAAAGCAAUUAAUCUCUUCUCAUCUGAACUGUACAUAAGGAUGUUUUCUAGUUAGAGUUGUUGAUGGCCAACUACUGCAAUGUAACAUAUCUAGUUACCCCCAAUAUAGAGAGGCAAUGACUCUGUCCAUCAUGGUUUGUGUUUAUUAUCUUAGCUUCAGACACAGGUAAGCUUCAGACAUUGCUAUAAAAUCAUAUUUUAUAUCUUUGUUGUUUGCAUGCCAUGACAUUCUGCACCAUUACAAUUAUAUCAGAAACUGUUGCUCACUCAGCAAGAUUUCACUUUUUCCCCUUUCCAAAGGUUGAAUACCUUUGAGUACCUUUUGUUUCUGUACUGAAAUAAUUAUGCAAUAUAAUAAAUCUCCAGUGUUUUUUCUUCACAUUCUGGAUCCAGUCUCUAGGAAAGCUGUGUACUUAAAUGGUUUUGCAUAGAAAUAAAACUAUUUCCUAAUCCCCCAGUUCCAGGAUUUUUCAGAAAUAUUUAACUGAGUUUGUUUUUGUUUUGUUGGGGUUUUUCUGCUUGUUUUUGUGGUGUUUUUAAAAUCACAUUUCUAAGCAGUCAGAAUUUAAAAGAAAAAUAAUAGCAGACUGUCAAUCUGUUCUGUUCAAUGACAUGACCAUAUAGGUUAAAAAACAGUACUGGUAAGCAUUCUUUUCACUCUCUUGAUUCCUUUCUUCCAACUAAUUUUGAGUAUAACACCUAAGGAAGUUACCAUAGCCUGUACAGGUAAUAUCUUCCUGGAAAAUGACCAGUGUCUAUGUUAAUAAAGCCAGAGUGCUGUUACCUCUCCAAAGCACAUGCACUCUUGUCCUGAGUCAUACUGAAGUAGCAUCAGUGAAGCAUCUUUGUCUCCUUUAAUGGGAACAUUCUGCAGCUUGCAAUGGAAUCGAUGUACUGGCAGUAGUUAGUCAAACAGAUCAAACUUCAUCAGGUUGCUGUUCUGGGGGUGCUGUACCGAGACUGGUUGUCACAGACCAGAUUGGAUCGAGCCUGGCCAGACUCAAAGGGCACAGGCAGCCAGAGUCUGUCUGCACACACUGCUUGAGCUGCCUAAUUCUGUAGCAGGUUCACAGUCUCCUCCAUGUCUCAAAAGCAGCAUGAAAUCAAGCACAACAAAUGUUUUAGCUGGAAUUUCAACAAGUAGGCAACAGAGUGGAGGAGUUAAGUGGAAAGGAAAUGGGAGAUAAUGAACAGGGGGGUGACUUGUUGUAGAUGCCCUUGGAAAUGAAGGUAAGUAAAUAAUGUUUGAUGCAAUACAGAAGAGGGAACUAGGAGAAUCCUUAAAAUAGAGAAGCAAUGUGGUUAGAGUAAUGAUCUAUGUAAACAACCUUGGGUUGCAGUUUCAGAGUUCUUAAUUCCAAGGUUGUGCAGAGCUCAGUCUCUCAGCAGUACUAAAUUGAUCUGGAUGAGAUAUGGCCAUGGUGUCACAUUACUCUCAUAUUAGCUUCUGUCCAUGCUACGGAUUUUUUGUUCUGCCUCUGGAAGGACUGACAAUAACUGAUUGGGGUUUACUGUCUACUGGUACAAAGUUAUCCCUUCAACAUUUUUGUGAACAAAUUUGAAUUGGGAGAAUCAGUUAAAUUGCAUUAGUUGUAUCCAUUUGAUGGCUGUGGUCAUUAAUGUGAUCAUUAAUAGGAGGCCUACAGUCAGCUUUGCUCGGUUGUCAGACUUUGGCAUUUCCAUUGGUCAAUGGCUGUUGUGUUAGGAGCUGUGUUGAUUAAUACUGGAGAGAGGUAUUAGGGCAGUCUUUAUAUAUCAGCAAGAGAACAAGGGUCUUAGCUGCAAGGAUGUUUUGGAGGGCAGUUUUGGAGCUGCCACAUGGAAGUGUAUACCCUAGGUGCUAGAAUCUACAAAGACAUUUCAGUCAGACCUGACGGUUGACAAACAAGCUUGAGUGGCAGAUAAACUGGUGAUGCUAUCCACAGAUACUCACAAAGAAGAUAAUAAGAGGGCUUUCAGGGAAGAGUUCUAGCUCUGCUGAGCUCUAAUUUCCUGCUAGUCAUUCACAGAAGAGAGAAGACUCUGUUUUGAGUUUGGACAGGGGGAGGUAUCUCAUCUGAAAUACAAAUAAAUUAAUAUCUCUCUGCAGAUGAUUUAUGGAUCUGCUCCUUUCCCGAGUGCUAAUUCAGAGAUAAUGUAGGAGGGUAACAGAAGACCAAGGAUACAGUUCUCUGAGAGUCUGUCAAACACUAGGAAGUCUUAAAUAGGUAAAAAGUAUUUAAGUGAAGCAUGAUUGAUUGUGUCAGGCGAGAAAGGAUGACAUUUAAACACUCUUUUUGAGGUAAUGUUGAACCUUUGAUUGGCUUUGGUUAAUCCAGAGUGGAAACUGAGAAGUUUGGACACUGGUAGUUGGAUGUCUAUGGAGUGAGUCAGAGAGAGUGAAUGUGUAAUUAGGAAAGUGGAGCUGAGUCAAGGCUUUUAUUAAUUUGUUUAUUUAUACCAAUAUUUUUUAUUUUUGAGGGGCAAUAGAAAGAAAGGGGAAACCAAGAAGACUACAUAAUAUUUUGGCCAUAUCAUUUUUUAAAAAAUAAUUUUGCUUGUGUAAUUUAUUCCCUCUAGUGAAAAUUUGGUGGCUGCUGGGCUUUUCUUCUUUUGCUUACUUUAAUGGACCAGAAAGGUAGGAAAACCAAGGAUUUUUUUUCUCAAAUGUCUCCCCUUGGGGCUUGCUGUUCUGCUAUGUAGGUUUAACAUGCAGAUAAGCCAAUCUAAUGAUUUGUGGCCACUGAAAGGUGGCUCUGUGUUCUGUCCCUUUCUUUGUGCUGAUGCUGCUACUUACUGGACCUGCUUGUCUGCCAUGUGUUUAUUGGCUCAUGGAAAUGUCCCAAGGAAUGCCAAAAUCAGCACAAGCUAGUCUGGAGUGCCCAGCUGGGAGAUGAGUUUUGGAGAUGGGGGAUGCCAUAUUCUUAGCAGCCAUAAACAGUGAGGCUGACUCAGAGUGCCUUCUGGACUGAACUACCGGGGCCAUGAUGAAAUCCCACAGUGCCGUUUUGAGAGGAUGAGGUGAAGGGGGAGAAAGGGCAAUAAAAAAUGGCCAAGCAAACAGCUGUGACGAUUACUUUGGCGACCCUGCUGGGUGUUGCAUUGGGGGGCCUGGUUUUGUGGAAAGCGACCCAGCAUCGGAAAGGAAAAACACGCUGUCGUAGUCAGCAAGAGGAAGCAGCAGUAAAGUCAGGAGAUGAGAAACUCAUUAAGGCAGAGGAUAAGAAGGUGCUUUCCUUCUUCGGAUCUCCCACCUUCUUCUGGAUAGAGAGGACCCUUGGUGCAAACAUAGUGAUAGUUUCAGAGCAGGAGGAGUGGGAUCAUGUUGAACCAUUGCUGAAGAAGGAGCUGGAGAAGUGGCCGGUUCUUGGAAUUGAUUGUGAGUGGGUAUCUAUGGAGGGAAAAGCAAAUCCUGUGUCCCUGUUACAGAUGGCUUCUUCCAGUGGCCUCUGCAUUCUUGUUCGGUUGCCCAGGCUUGUUGCCAGUGGCCAGACUCUUCCAAAGACCCUGGUGGACAUCAUGGCAGAUAGUGCUGUGUUCAAAGUUGGUGUAGGAUGCUGGGAAGAUGCUUGCAAAUUGCUUCAUGAUUAUGGUCUUCCAGUCAAAGGGAGCAUGGAUCUUCGGUAUUUAGCCAUGAGACAGCGGAAGGAUCUACUUCACAACUGCCUUAGCCUUAAGUCUUUAGCUGAAAAAGUCCUGAACUUCCCGCUUGACAAAUCUCCUCAUGUGCGUUGCAGCAACUGGGAAGCAGAAGAACUGACACAAGAUCAGGUUCUCUAUGCUGCUAGGGAUGCCCAGGUCUCAGUGGCUCUGUUCUUCCAUUUGCUGGGAUUUACCAGCCUCCCUGCUACAUCUGAAGGUGAAAACUCUGUCACUGCUUGGGAGAAAGCACGGGGUAAAUGCCAGGGCUUGGUGGAUAUCCCAUUUAGAGGAAGAAAGAGUGGCAGCACAGGAGAGGAGAAGAGUGGAGAGGGGCGUUCCCCUCAGAAAACAAAGAAUCGGAAAUCUUGGGUGAAUGGCCAGCCCUCUGGCAAUCAGCAAAUGAGAGAUCCACGGAGGCAGAAGCGAAAGCCUCUGGGUGUGGGAUAUUCUGCAAGAAAAUCUCCACUGUAUGACAACUGCUUCCUGCAUGCACCAGAUGGACAGCCACUGUGCACUUGUGAUCGCAAGAAGGCUCAGUGGUAUUUGGACAAGGGGAUUGGAGAGCUAGUUAGCACAGACCCUUUUGUUGUGAAGCUGCGUUUUGAGCCUUCAGGACGUCCUGAGUCCCAAGUUGAUUAUUAUCUGACAGUCAAAGAAAACCUCUGUGUUGUAUGUGGCAAGCGAGAAUCCUAUAUCCGGAAGAAUGUUGUUCCUCAUGAAUACAGAAGACACUUCCCCAUCCAGAUGAAGGACCACAACUCACAUGAUGUGCUCCUACUCUGCACAUCCUGCCAUGCCAUCUCCAAUUACUAUGACAACCACCUCAAGCAGCAGCUGGCCCAGGAGUUUGGGGCUCCGAUCGGCUCCGAGGAAGGUGUGCGUCUCCUGGAGGACCCUCUGCGCAGGCAAGUGCGCUCGGGAGCGCGCGCCCUGCUGAAUGCAGACAGCCUGCCCGACCCCCGCAGGGCAGAGCUGCUGCAAGGCAUCAAGGACUUCUAUAACACAGACACAGUCACUCCAGAGAUGCUCCAGGCAGCAGCUGGCCUGGAAACCAGGAUCUGCAAUGAGAGCUACGUGCCACAUGGACUGAAGGUGGUGCAGUGUUGUGCUCAAGGAGGCCUGCGCUCUCUCAUGCAGCUGGAAAGACGCUGGAGGCAGCAUUUCUUGGACAGCAUGAAGCCCAAACACCUCCCAGAGCAAUGUAACACCUGGACCUCACUCUCCGAGUUUCCCUUUCCAGUGCCUUCCCUGAUUUGUGUGUCAGAGAUCAGCUGUGGAAGAGCCCAUGCUGGCACCAAUCCUGUACUUCUAAGCAAUGGGAUAAUGAGCUUGCUCAGGAGCAGAGGGAAGCCUGAAUGGGUUCUUGCCCUCAUCACUGCCUCUUUUGCUGAAAACUCAUCACUCUGGAAGGUGAGUUCAGUGCUCUGCAGGGAACAUCAGUGUGGAAAUGAGCAAAGUCUUGAAGAACUGAGUUUGUCUUUUUUAGGGGAAACAAUGGAGGGACAAAGAGGUAAAUAAGAAACAUGUUGUGCUGAAGCGGAGGGGAAUUUUUGUGGUGUGCUUUCUAGUCUAGCUAGGACAGGAGGUUAGGGACUUAAAUGUCAGCAAAGGAGAUUUGUGCUAGUCAUGAAGAAAAGCUUCCUUACAGUAUGCACUGCUUCACAACGCAGGUCACAUUGCUUUCUUAGCAGCACACUGACUGGCUCCCCAGCUGCAAACCAUCUGUGCUGCCCACUGACAGACCCAGAGGUGAUAAAAACUAAAAUAUUUUUGCUAACUCUGUGUAUGGAUGUCCUGCUCCCCUACGUGCUAUGUGCCCUUCAGUCAUCCGCUGCCAAGACAGACAUGCGGAGCUUCUCUCUGAACUACUUUAAUUAAUAUGUCCCUGCUCUGUAUUUUUAUAGCUCUUAAAAAGUAGCUGUGAAUGGUAUCUUGUAUCAGAGGGAGGUUUUAUAUCACUGCUGUGAAGCUUGCCAUGGCUACUGCUGUGGAGGUGACCUUGGCACGUGUUCCCUCCCUUUCGCUCCUCACACUAUGUGUUAACACCACACUUGGCACUUCCAGUCAAACGCUUCAAAAAAGGACACAGAAGCCAAAUGAGGAUUUAUUUUUUUUAAUGCAACUUAGUAGCUGCUUCCUUGAGAAAAAUUACAAAAACAGACCUCCAGACCUAAAUGAACUUCCUCUUCCCAAGUAUGUGCUCAUUUUUUUAAAAUCUCAGAACUUCACUUAGGGGAGACAAUGGAGUCAGUAACCUCACCAGCCUUUUUUUUUCUAUAAAAUUCCUGAGUGUUUGCUGGGGAGAUUUCACAACCACCCCCACCCCAUGAAGUUAAAUGGAACUGCUGUACAAAGAAACAAGUUGAACUGGAAUCAAGAUGGGAAAUAUAUGCCAGUAAAACCAGAAUGAUUUUCUCACUUGCAUCCUGAACAAAGAUGAAGGGGAAAGCCUGAAAAAUACAAUCAAUUUGAAGGGAAUUCCAAAAGCCAAGGGGUGUGUUAGGCACACUACAGGAAAAGUAUCCCAUGUGAUCCAGGAGGGCAAGGAUAGAUGUAGGAAUUGCUGUGCUGGACUGAACCCAAAGUCUAGUUAGUUCAAGACAGUUUCACUGACCUUACUAGUCAGUAGUGUGAGCUUAGUUUUCCACAGAUAGUUUGUUUUUCACACUUCAUGUUUGCAGGGUGAAAACUGACUGAUAGUUCCUGUGGUAGUUUGAGGACAGCUAGGCAGAAUUUUUUUAACAAGUCACCAAGACAUGAGGCAGUCCCUGCUUUGCUGGGGCUGAGCUGUAUGGCCAGCGGGAUUUAAUUUCACCUUCCCCUCUCUAAAUACCCAGUAGUGAGUAGACUCUCAAUGAGUUGCCUGUCUGAAAAAUGUCAGCUAAAGUGACUGCACUGUUUCUGCCAAGACAAAUUCCCAAUCUGCAUUUAGGGUUUGAUGAGGGAGGAGAAAGUCCCUGAUGAUACAAUACUGCUUCAGUUUGCUUCAGAAAGGCUCCUGCACAGAGGAUCCGUCGGUGAGUUAACAGAGCGUUUUACAGGGAAGAACUUCAAAGUCUUCACUGCGAACUUUGAAGUAUUCUAUGCUCUAGCUGACACUUUGUUUCUUUUAAGGAUGGGCGGAUGCAGAGAGUAUUAGUAAAUGUACGGUCUGUGGAUGAAAUGAUGGUGUUCAGGCAGAUUUGGUGGUAACAAGCUAUUCUGCAUGUUUUAAUCCCAAAGAUUCAGUGCUCGAGGUGUGUUGAUUUGAUAAGGAAGAGAGGGGCUUCUCCACCCUCCCUCCUGUAUUUGUCAGUGAAUUGUGGUGAUAGUGACAUAAAAAGAUGUUGGGGAACAUUGUCAGAAACCCAUAGCCAGACUUCCCAAUUUCAGUGUGUGGCAGAGGAGUAGAAACUCAUUCUCUGUGUGCUAAACUCACUGCUCUGCAGAUUUGACAUGAAGGAGACAAAAAAGGCAUUAGAUCUGCUUUUGUGGUCCUUAUUGCCCCUGCUGAAACUGCCUGCCUAUCUGUGGAAGGAGCUAACAGUGGGCCUGUUAGCUGAAGGAGCAAGAAGCAAAGAAGUAGCUG